AUGGAAUCUAUCACUAUUACUAUCGUAAAUUUAUUCAAUGAAUUAGAAAACAAUUCAUCCAAUGAACAAAGAGAAAAAUUCAAUAAACUAAAAAAUUUAAUACAAUCUCUUAAUAAUAUCGAUACUCAUAAUUAUCAAAUAUUUACGUUUAUAGCAAUAGAAAUUCCAAUGAUUCCAGUAUUUGAAUUUAAUUAUUAUAUCAAUUACUUUAACAAUAACGAAUAUAAUUAUGAGUUAUUUUUAAAACUCGUAAAAAUACAUUUUUCACUUUCAUUAUUAUAUCAAGCAGCUUUUAUUCUUAAAGAUGAAAUCAUCGAACAAAAUACAUUUAUUGAAAACUUAAAUAAAGUUCGAGAAUUAACUCAAUCGUUUAUGAAAGAUCUUCUUGAAGAAGCUGUGAUUAGAGAAUUGAAUAAUAACACCACUACCAUCGACACCACCAACAUCAACACUCCCAACAUCAAUACCACCACCACCGCACCUACCACCAAUCCCACCAAAAAAAGACCAAUUGAAAUUGAAGUAGAGGAAAGUA